AUGAGCAGCAGUGGUCUCAAAUUGUACUACUUUAACCUACGGGCACGUGCGGAGUUCAUUCGUCUUAUACUUGCUGCUGCUGGUCGAGCAUGGGAUGAUAUUCGCUUGGACUUUACACAAUGGGCCGAAUACAAGCCCAAAAUGUUGCUUGGUCAGGUGCCUGUACUUGAAUUUGCAGAUGGAACCCAAUUACCUCAAUCGUUCGCGAUUGCUCGCUAUAUAGCCCAUGAAACGGGUCUGGCCGGUAAAAACAAUCUUGAAUCAGCUAAAAUCGAUGCUGUUGUUGAUACUCAAUGGGAUAUGAGCGAUUUGUUUCUCAAAAGCUACGGUGAAGAAAAUAUAGAAAUUAUUAAAAAUAAUGGCACACCUUUUAUUCGAGUUCACUUUCCCAAAGGUAGUUGGAGUCCACAAGCAACCGAAAGGGCUGGUCUACCACAAGGCGGAACCCAAUGGAAGUCAAAUCUUCUUCAUCCAGAACUGUCCGAUGUUACACUAACGUAUUCGAUUCGAUUUCCAUCGCAGUUCAAUUUUGUCAGAGGUGGUAAAUUACCCGGUCUGUAUGGAGGUAAAGGUAAUUCAGGUGAUGAUACGCCGAAUGGUGAAGAUGGCUUUUCAGCUCGAUAUAUGUGGCGUGAAAAAGGCCGAGGUAUUCUCUAUCCCUUUCUGCCUGAUUCACCAUACAUGGGUACAACUUAUGAGCUUGGUACACCCUUGUUUAAUGGAGACAAUAAAUGGCAUACACUGGCUCAACGUCUUCAGUUAAACACACCAGGCAAAAAAGAUGGAAUAAUUACUGUUUGGUAUGAUGGCAAGGAAGUAUUCAAAACAACUGACGUCCUUUUCCGCACGGUGUAUACACUCAAGAUUACUGGUAUCUUUUUUCAAACUUUCUUUGGUGGUUCAACAGCGGAUUGGGCUACACCGGUGGCAACCUAUAUUGACUUUAAGGACUUUAAACUAACUCAUUAG